UAUCUUUUUCCGCAAUUCUUCAUCACGUGAUACUACCCUGCAUGCCUGGUGAUUUCAAUGAUUAGAUUCGCGCCAUGUCAUCUCCAGCUUCUCCCACAUUACCACGUCUCGUUGCAUUUCAAUCAAACCGUUACGAUGGUUCAUGGUAAGCUUAUUACCACGACCCCGGAAAUACAGACAAAGGCCCUCAAACUUGCUCCCCUCUUCCCUGAAUCAGAUGCCCCGCAGGUGGUCACUGGGGACGAUCGGAUAAGAUGGUUUAGAUAUGAGCGGAGAGAGACAUGGAACAAAGAAUUUGAUAGUUUAAUUGAAGAGAUCAAAACGAUAGCAAACGACAUCAAGCUCGCUGUAGAACAACACGCUGGAGCCACGCUCCGGAAGCGGAAACCCCCUGAACAGCGUCCUCUGCCCAUGCUAGAAUGCCUUGAUGCUGGCUGGGUGAUGGUCCCAGUAGGGCAUGCCGCCUUCCUUCUGUCCGUUGCACCUGCAAACUGUGCGGAGGCUGCAGUCCAAGUCUGGGCGAGCACACGAGACAACCAAAGCAUGGCGGGAUGGCUGUGUGGUUCUGGUGUGGUCAUCUUUGGGCCUGUUAGUUUCCGAACGCAGCCAGCGGGGAUUCCCUAUGUUUCAAUACCGUUGCCGAUGUCGCCAUUGGGAGAAGAUGAAUGAGAGCAUGGGGUUAUGUGAAUAUGUCAGAUUUGAUGGUAUCUGAAGAUGUCACGGUGACAGAAAGAUUGAUUGAGGAUGGGUUGACUGAUAGUAUUCAGGUGUGUCCUUGUGUGUGUGAGGCUGGGGCCUGACACCGGUUUUGAUGUUCCUUCUCUGGGCACCAAGGCUGCGCAGGGCACUAGCCACUGCAGAAUCACUAGCCACAUGUCCUCAGACAGUACCGGUACAGACAGUUUCUCCCAGUCCUCCUCUCCAGUCCCAGAUGAGAUAUCCAUAAACUGGCUUACCAUCUGACAGAAUAGAUCCCAAUCGCCUGUCUGCCAAUACUCCGUCAUGACUGCAGAUGGCGGGGUCAUCGGCUCUACGGGCUGAUCUGUUUAAUAAUAAGCAAUAGAAUAAUAGAUCAAGCGAAG